AUGAACCGAAGAAUCGAGUGCCGUAGUGAAGGGUGCAACUAUGAGGUUGUCUUCAAGACUGCCGAUGGAGCGUUCGACGAACGGAGGGCCAGUGGCCGGAUCCCCUUGUCUCCUCCCCACCGGCAUUCCAACGCCAUCCAGGUCUCACCCUAUUGCAAACUUCAUACCUGCAUCCAUUUCCACGGCGACGAGCGUUGCGUUUACAAGAAGCCCUCCCAUGACUCGGUCUGCGCCAUCCAUGCAAGAUGCCCCAUUUCGGACUGCACCCAGGCUCGCGCUCAAUUUCUUGAACCCAACUUUGACCCCCUGUCCAACGCCGUCCCAAAAUAUGCCCGCUACGACGUCUGCUCUGACCAUCAAUGCAAAACCAAAGGCUGUCGGACUAUCGUCGAGGGCCAGUUUCCCUACUGUGUAAUUCUGUACCGCCUUCAAGGCAGACCGUUCACGCCACUGCCCGAGUCACACCUGCAGGAUGCGGGACUGCUCGAAGCCGGCCAAAUUCGAGCUAUACUGCGAAGACCACCAAGCUGCCAUAACCCUCGAGAUUGGGCGUCUGAACCCAAGGAUGCCGGGACUUUUUGCUCCAUGCACACGUGCCGUUCCGAAAAAUGCCAGGCAUGCGUUGACGAGCUAGCUAUUUUCUGCAAGACUCACUUCAAGGAGCACUACGUAACCCAAGGCAAACAGCUCCGCGCCGACCCCCCCGACCCCAGCCACCGCGGCGGCCCCGACCUAACCAAGGACGACCGGCCCGGAAGCCGCCUCCGCGACCUAGCCAGCGAGUCGACGGUGCUCGACAACGACUCCGUCCUCCACCGCAAAAGCUAG